AUGAACUGGGAGAAAUUAAGAGACAAUCAAGAUCAAAAUAUUGAUUUAAAAACUAGGCUUAAAUCACCAGAAAAUAUAGAAAUUGCCGCCCAAAACCUUACAAAUUUAAUUCAAUCAGCAGCCUGUGAUCUCAUCUAUUCCUUCAUAUUACUUACUAAAAUUGAUAAACUGCUAAAAUAUAAACGAUUUUAUGAUUUAAUAG